AGCACACACACACACGCGAUGGCCGAAGCGAAGAGGCCAGAAGAGUUGCAUCGCCGCUUCUCGGGGGGCGGUGGCCGGAUAGCGGACUCCAGGUUACCCCCGCCGCUGAUUCCGGUGGACUUCGGGUACUGGAAACUUGCUCCAGCAGGGCUUGGUCUCCUGGGCCUGGGGGUGUACGCUGGCUUUCGUAAGCAGAUUAAGGCCGAUGCUGUAGGGGCUGAAGCUCUGGCUAAGCAAGGGCUUGAGCCGCUGCCUUUCAGCCCGCACCGGCUAGCCACGCGGGCGCUCAUGUACGGGACGGCGCUCUCCGUGGGCUGUUUCUCGGCGGGCGUGUUGGUCGUGGGUUACUCAAUGGGGGUUACAAACCUGAGAGAGUUCAACGACAAGAUGAAAGUCUGGGCGCCGGAGCAGAUGCACCGCCUGGGGUUUCGACAUCGUCCAGAAUACAUCAGAGAUCGCGAGGCCAUGCGGGGCAUGACGUACGACGAGGAAUGGGAAUAUGUGGACAGGUUGUUGGAGAAGGAAGAACCCGGGUUUGCUGGCGCGGACAGUGCGGAUUGCCCACCGGCGAAGAGCGAAGGCGGGGUCGUCCGGUAGCGACCAACCGCCAUGCUCGAGGGAGCGGCGGUGUGAAGGACACAAACACCCACCGGGAGGGUGGUGCUUGAAAGGGUGUACAGCGGUGGGGUGCAGAGAGGUAUUACUGUACUGUACUCCAUCCGAUGAGUACGGAAGCAACAAGAGGGCUUCCGCGGCGAUUCGUCGAUGCACGUUAUCAACAACAGCAGCGGCCCCCACCGAGUUGGAUCAAACCCUGACACCUGAGACGACGUAAGAAAGAGAGAUGUAGCAUUCGACUCUUCAAAAAAUGUUUCAGGUAGCAACGAACCUCCGAUGUUUACGGCGGGUUGUGUUCGGUGUGUCUCGCACAAGUAUGCACCAUAUGCAGGGAAAUCGACGGACGGAUUGAGUUCAGGUAGUAGAUUGAAAGCGGGCACGAAUAGUAUGGAAAGUUCAGCGUUCAGCGUAGGGUGAGGCAACGCGGGGUGAUGGAUAGGCUUUGUAAGGUCUGGUGUUUGGGGUGUCCCGUAAACCAGGUGAUUUGGAUAGCAACGCGCGCGCUUAUGCGUGCGACAAGACCUCCGAAGGAUUUUGACAGCUACAUUCUAAAUUCCAA